UCUAAUAAAAGAUUUGUCCAUCGAUAUCGGACACUGGUGAUAAUUUAUAAAUAAAAAUAAAAAAUUAUGGUAAUUAAGUUAUUCCCCGACCCGCUUUCGGAAGUAGAUUUUCUUUCUAUAGCAGGAAGUCAAUAUAAAAGUGAAAGGAGUGGUAGGUCAUUGAGAAGUUAAGCUUGGACAUGGGACAGAUGAUGGCUUUAACGGUUUUGCUUAUGCUAAUAAGCAUUAAAUAUGCUGUAGUUGAAGGAACAUUCGGACUAUAUUCACAACCCCUGAAUGCUUAUCAUUCAAGCCAGUUAAAGUCACCUUUUUCAUGGCUUGGAUUAAGCACAAUAAACAGUUUUCCGAGUUCUUAUAGUAGCGUUUAUGAUACAUUAAACUCUGAAUACAGUCAUGCAUUGUAUCCCUUUCCUUCAGAUUACGUUGCCAGAAUACCAGUAAAAGGUGGUCUUCAUGUCGUACCAGCACCAAAAAAUUUACACUUAUUGAAAGGUAUACAUUCUUAUGAUCACCAUUCACUUUAUCAAAAUAUACAUACGCCAAAAAGACUAUCAUUAACAAGCUUAAUUGGAAAUGAUUAUCAAGAUAAUUUUAAAGGUUCGUCAUCACCAUUAUUACCACACAACUAUAAAAAUUCUAUUUCUGGUUUAAUAAAUCUAGGUGGGCUUGAUUUAGCUGACAUUUCUCUAGGAAGAACUGCAAAUGGAUAUAGCUCGGGGAAAAAUUUACACAGUACUUUCCAUAGUGCUAAGGAAGUUUCUCAUAAUUUCAAGCCUUUUCUGGAUUCCUAUCAUAAACAUACGAGUUCAGCAAUUUCUGAAAAUCUAGCUCCUGCUUACCAUGAUGAUGGGUUUCGGAGUCAAUUUAAAUCAGAAACUGCUUUGAGGGGUCAUAAUUUACCUCAUAAUAUUGAUUAUUCAAAAUCUAAAGUUCAACAGGAAAGAGAUCCAAGCAUUUACUCUAACCAAAACAUUGGAGUUCCACUUCACCAGAGUAAUAAAGUACAUAAUUCACUAGAAACAGUGCAUCCAGCGAUUCAUACAGGCAAUAUUCAUCAUAUUCAAGAAUUACAGCAGAAGAAAGUUGGUCAUGCUGACGAAUUACAACAGACGCACAUCUCACAAUUGCCUGAAACUGAUAAAGCUGUAACUCAUGAGCAUCCCAAAACGUCUCAUAAUAAUGGUUAUUUAGCUCAAAAACCCAUUCUAGAUAACUCCCAUCACUUCAAAAACGACAACUAUGAUAAAAAGGUGAUAACCGUUUCAAGAGUUCAGGGAGAAUACAAACGAUUUCCAAACCCUCCAAAUUACAUUCAUAGAAGGAAACCACAGAGUAAAACUCAUUUUCAUAAAGAAACGAACAAUGCUUUCCAAACAAAAAAGUAUGAGAACCCAUUUCCUCAAAAUAAAGAAUAUCAAAAACCAUUGGAGCAAACCCAUACUACUUUUCAGUCAAAAGAGCAUGAGAGUUCAUUUCAUCAAAAUAAAGAAUAUGAGAAACCAGUAGGGCAAUAUCAUAAUACUUUUCAAACUAAACAGUAUGAGAACCCAUUUCAUCAAAAUAAAGAAUACGUGAAACCAUUAGAACACCACAGUAACGCUUAUCAUGCUAAAAGGUUUGAGAAUCCAUUACAUCAAAAUAAAGAAAGUAAGAAACCAUUAGAACAGCAUCAUCAUGCUUUUCAGGCUAAAGUAUAUGAGAACCCAUUUCAUCAAAGUAAGGAAUAUGAGAAACCAUUAGAGCAGCACCACGAAGAAUAUCCCAUAAAAGAAGUUUCACAGUAUCCCGAAUUUCCAAAACAAACAAAGUCUUCUGAUACAACAAAGGAAAUUAAUUAUUCUGGAGGAAGAUACCCAAUUCGCACACCUCAGCAGCACCACGACCAAAAUUCUUAUACCUCAGAAAGACCCUUAGUGGAUAGAAACCAUGGUUUAAAAAUCCCUUUUAAUAGUAGAAAAGUCUACGAACAUACAGAACAAGCUAAAUUAAAUGAAGAAGACACUUUAUAUGAUUUGAAAAAUAAAAAAUCGGGUUAUGAGAACUCAGCUAGCCACCAAGUUAGUCAUGUUCCAAAUUAUGGAGUAGCUAGAAGACCAAAUGGCGAUCUCGGUUACAAAUCAAAGUCAGUUCCACCUCGAGGAAGAAGUAAACAGUACAGAAAUUAUGAAGAACCUCGAUCUAGUAGUUACGAAAUAGAAAUUUUACAUUCAGAAAACAGCGAUCAGACCAAACAGAUAUCGGAUGAUGGACGCCUCGAAGUUGCUGAUUCUGUGGAAACUGUAGAUACACAGGAACCGUUUGAUGACGAACCAGAGGAAUUUGAUGAUGACACUGAUAAUUUUGAGACUCAAGAAAGUCGAGAAAAUAUUUUCGAGGAAGCGAAGGAUUCUGGAGAAAAGCCUGAAAGUGAAGUUGAGUUGGUUUCAGAAGAGGACCUUUAAGGAAUUUUCAAGAGGAAAUAAGAAAGAAAGUAAUAAUAAGAAUUACUUAAGUUUUCUUCAUGCAGUAACAUAACUGAGCAUCUCUCAUUAGGUGUCUAGCAUCUUAAGAAUUGAGACUGCGAUAAUAUUAUGAACGUUAUGAGUGAUAACUUCAAGAAGAUGAAAGCUGAAAUUUUUAAUACGAGGAUUACCUUCUAAUCUUCAUAUUAUCUGUAAUUUAUUUUAUGAUUAUUCAAAGAUAAUAAGAUCAUUCUAAGAUCCUUCAUGGAUAUGUUUAUAGAAUAUUGAUAUCAUUUUCUAAGGAUAUUCAUAGAAUUAUCCUUCCCGGAAAGUAGAAAUGGGCCUACGAACAAAUGCUAUUCCAUGAAAUUAUAAUUGUAAUAUAUUAUGUCUGUUUUUAAAUUGAAUUGAUUUUAGGCAUUUUGUUGGUUAUUUGUAAAGUGCUUAAUGUCUUAAGGUUUGGGUGAAGAAUUCGAGGAUUUAAAAAUAUUUUCGAAUUUAACUAACUAAUGAUGGUUUUAGAAUAAUAUUUCUAAGCAAAAAAAAGUGUUCAAUAAAAAUUAUACGCCAAUCAUUACAAUUCCUUUUUCAUAUAUUAUAAAGUUUGAAAUUGUUCUGAUGAGCAUGAACCUUUUAUACUCUUUGUGAAAGGAAAUAAGCAUCUCAAGGUUACGUGACUUCCCCUCUCUCUUUACUUUUCCCCUCUCAUUUACCAUGGUUACAGCAAAUCUUACUUUUUUUUCAAACUCAGUAUAUUCCAACUUUUUACUGAAAUAAACUGUGGUGGGGAAAAAGCAAGACACGAAACCAUGGUAACGGAAAGAAAGAAAGUGUAGAGAAGGGAAAAAUCGCGUAACCUUGCGACACGUAUUCUAUUUGCGAAGAGUUUUUGUCUAAUAUAAUGUUGCAGGGUAGCGCAAAAACUGAAUUUGUCCCCUGGUGCUGAAUACUUAGCUGCGCUUCUGAUUACAUUGCAUCAUUUUGAACGAAAGAAAGCAUGUCUUAAAAUAGAAUGAAUGUUAGUUUUAAGAAGGCUCAAAGUUAUUGAUUACUUUAAUCAUACAAAUGAUAUUUUCAUGGGAAACUUAAGUCAUAUGUUUCAUAUUUUAUAAUUUUUUUACAAUAAAAAUAUCACCUAAGUUUGCAUAAAUUUAGCAUUUAUAUUUUUAAAAUUGCUUUUUUUCUAUUUUGCUAUAGUAUGAUUAUAGGCUAUGAUUUUCUAUUUUGCUAUAGUAUGCUAUAUAGUAUGAUUACAGCGUUUAUAGAAGUGGUAUUUUUCAAUAGUAUAAUUUUUUGAUUUCAAUAGUAUCUAACAUUGGACUACAUAAUGGUGCGUCGUCCAAUGUUUGUUAAAUGCUGAGAUAUUUUCGAAUUUUGAAUUACAGUAAAUAUAUCAUUUCCAAAAUAUUUUACUAAACAUUGUUUUCGAAUAUCAAGCUUAAAUAAAAGUACUUUUAUCAAACAUUUUACCAGAAAUCAUUUUAGGGAUUCAUUUUAAAAACUUUCAAAUUCUAUUAAUACUUUUUUUGAAAUGUAUUUCUAAUUCCUCCACAAAUAAAUAAAAGAAUAGUUUAAUUAUUAAAUUUUUUCACCUGCUUCGUUAUUUUCUAAGCGGCUAAACUUUCUUAUAAAAUUACACUAAAUAAUUCAAUUUUUGAACAGUUUAAGACACAAAAAAAACCGAACUAUUUUCAGUUC